AUGCCGGCCAGUGUGGGCAGGACCAAUCCAAGUGGCAAGGUGCCCGCUCCUCCUGGGUCUUUGUCACUUGGCCACUCAGCCCACUGGGAAGCCACAGAGGCUGAGAAAGGGGAACAAGGGUGGACAGUGGGAAAACAUGUAUCACUGAUUAUGGGGUGCUCUGUCUCAUGCUGGGAGCUCUGUGAAGCUGCUUUCUCCUACUCCCUGUCCACCGACUUUGGAGAGGAGUCCAAGACUGCAAAUUCCAUUUUAUCUCUUUUUAAUAGACCAGAAGUAAACAUCAGAAAAUAUGAUAAUUCCAUUUCAAUCAUUUCAUCAAAUGGAAAAUCAUGGAAUCAAAAACACUUUGCUUUGACAUUUCCCAAACCACCCCAGCCAGGUAGAAAAAACAGAUCAAGACCUUUGAAAUUACAAAACACAGUUCCGAAUGCCUGUCAUUAUUCCAACCAAUCUUUCCAGAGACAGGACAAAAUAAAAUCAAAGGAAGAUCAGAAGAAAGCUCACAUAUGGAUAAGGCAUUCUUUAAGAAAAAUUUUCCAAAGGCCAUCUAUUUACUUAGCUGUCAGGAGACAGGCUCCAUUCAGAUGUUCUUAUAUUUCCAAAGCCCAUCUUGAAAAGGCAGAAGCUAAAGAGUCCCAAGAUGGCAAAAAAAGAAGAGAUUUAAAGAAAGAUUCUAAGAAAAAAACAGGCCCACAUACAACAACUCUGGAAUCCAAGAAAAUAAUAAAAGACAAAAAACCUAAAGAAAGCAACAAAGCAGCAAAAAUUCCAUCAAAAUCAUCACAUGAAAAUGAACCAUAUAAACAGUCAAAUUCCAAAUUAGAUACAAAUUCAGAAUCCAAGGAUUCUAAGGAGGUCUCAAAGAAAGAUCAAACAAAAGAUAAGAAAGAUUCAAAAAAUUGCAAGGGGACAGAUACUACAUGUACAAAGACUGAGCCAAAGAAAGAUUCUAAGAAUAGUUCAAAGAAGGAUCCUGAUGCCGAAUCAGAGACUUACUCAAAAAAUCAUUCAAAUAUGGAUUCAGUGGUGUAUUUAGAGAUAUCUGGUACUGAAUCCAUGGAUUUUGAUGCAUGGCUAAAUAAUUACUCACAGAAUAACUCAAAGAAGCCUUCAAAGAAAGACACAAAGAAGGAUUCAAAGAAGGCCUCUGAUGGUGAAUCUGUAGACUCAAAGGAUGCAAAGAAAGAUUCAAAAAAGGAGAAGACAAAUGCCAAGAAAGACAGUAAAAAGAAGGAUGCGAAGAAGGAUGCAAAGAAGGACACGGAUUCUACUGACGUUGAAUCUGUAGGCUCAAAGGACUCAAAGAAAGGUAAGAAAAAUGCCAAGAAAGACAGUAAGAAGGAUGCAAAGAAGGACGCAGAUUCUACUGAUGCUGAAUCUGUAGACUCAAAGAAUGUAAAGAAAGAUGAGAAGAAGGAUAAGAAAGAUUCAAAGAAAGACACUAAGAAGGAGGACACAAAGAAGAACACAGUGUCUACUGAAUCUGAAUCUGAAUUGGAGUCAAAGAAGAGUAAAAAAGAUGAAAAGAAGGAUAAGAGAGAUCCAAAGAAAGAUGACAAAAAGAAGGAUGCAAAGAAGGAUGUAGGGUCUACUGAUGCAGAAUCUGAAUUUGAAUGGGAGUCAAAGAAGGAUAAGAAAGAUGCAAAGAAAGAUACCAAAAAGGGUGCAAAAAUGAACACAGAGUCUACAGAUGCUUCAUCUGAUGAUUAUUCAAAGAAAGGCCUAAGUAAGCCCCUACAGUCAGCAUUCAAAGAUUCUGAUGCUGAAUCUGACCAGUCACUGUAUAAACUCGGGGCUAAAAAUAGAGGAGUUGAAUCAGAUGCCACAUCCAUAGACUCAAAGAAGGAAGGGCAGGGGCUAAAGAGAGAAUUCAAAACAUCAUACAGAAAGACCAUGUUCAGAGAUAAAGAAAAAAAACCUCUUAUAGGUAGAGUUCCUCCAUCAAGAGAAAGACCACCACUACCUCCUUGUGAGCCUUUAACACCAUCACCUAAGCUCAAACGUCCCUGUCGGUGCAGGAUGCCUCCUCCGCCUUCAAAACCAAGAUAUGCUCCUUUGAAUGCAGGUUUCAUGCAGGCAGUGAACCGCGUCUGUUAUUUCUUUGCUGCAUCCCCAGUUCCAAAAGCAUGA